AUGAAGUCCCUCAUCCUGGUCUUUUGCUUAGCUCAGCUCUGGGGCUGCCAUGCUGUCUCGCCGCCUGUGAUGAUGGAGCCGUUUUAUGGAAAGCUGAACUGUGAUGACCCAGAAUCAGAGCAAGUAGCCAUGGUGGCCAUGGACUACCUCAACAAGAACCUUUUUCGGGGCUACAAGCACGCCUUGAACAGGAUUGAAAAAGUGAAUUUGUGGCUUCGGCGGCCCUUUGGAGAGGUGUUUGAGAUAGAACUAGACACGCUGGAAACCACCUGCCAUGCACUGGACCCCACCCCCGCGGCCAACUGCUCUGUGCGGCGACUGGAGGAGCACGCUGUGGAAGGAGACUGUGAUUUCCGGGUGCUGAAACAGGAUGGCCAGUUUACUGUUUUGUCCGCAAAAUGUGAUUCCAGUCCAGACUCCAGAGAGGACUUGAAAAAGAUGUGCCCAGACUGCCCCGUGCUGGCCCCGCUUAAUCACACCAAGGUGGUGCAUGCUGCAGACGCUGCUCUGAAAGCUUACAACACUCAAACUAAUGGCUCCUAUUUCCAGCUUGUGGAAGUAACCCGGGCUAACAUUGGGUAUUUAUCACGUACGACCUAUGUGGAGUUUGCAAUGGCUGCCACUGACUGUGCUGCUCAAGAGGUCACAGACCCAACCAAAUGUAACUUGCUGGCAGAAAAGCAAUAUGGCUUCUGUAAGGGGGCAGUCACUGAGAUUCCUGGUCAGGAAAAAGUUUCAGUGACCUGUACAGUGUUCCCACCACAGACUCAACCAGACAACAGCCCUGUGGCUUCAUCUUCUCCAGCUACCCUGCUUGCAGGUCCUGUGGCGUUGGGACCCCUGCCACCCCUGCCGGAGAACCGGGCACACCAUGACCUUCGCUACUUCCUCAUGGGUACAGCCUCAGUGGAGUCUGCCUCAGGAGAAGCAGGGAAAGCACCCAGUGUGGUGCAGCCUAGCGUGCCUGUUGCUGCCGGUCCAGUGGUCCAACCUUGCCCCGGGAGAUACAGACACUUCAAGGUCUAG